AUGGCAAGUUCGACGUCCCCCGUCCUGUUGGCGGAAUCCCUCGUUGCGUUCUCCAAGACAGCAUAUAAAGCACUCCUAGAUGUCGACACGAAUUGCCGUGAAGAGGUGGCGCACGCCAAUAACGAAGCGCAUGAAGCGAGAGUACAGCGCGACAAAGCUUUGAAGGAACUUCACGCGUCGCAUUUGGAGAUCCAGACUUGGAAGCAGGAGGCUAAUGCGGUGAAGGCUACGCUUACCCAAGUGGAACUGACGACUGUACACCAGGCGGACACAAUCGCACGCCAAACAGACACAAUCGCACAACAAACGGAGACCAUUGCCCAGCUUCGCCGAGAGGUCACACAAUGGAAAGAUCAGUCGCGGAAUUGGCAAGAACAUUUCCUUCGUGUUGAGCAAGAGAGAUGCGCGUUAUCAUCGCGGAUGGACGAAUUGGUUUCAGAGAGACUUCAGUGGAGUAGAACGGCAGUUUCUGCUAUAUCCGCAUUCACUACAAGUGAUGCUGUCAAAUCUGCACCUUCCUCGAUCGCUGCGAAGCGCCAGUCAAUACCAUCACCAACGCAGCCGCCAGCCUACAAAUCUGCAGCACCCCCAAGUCCUUCUGACUUGCACGCUUCCGGUAGCAAGCAGGUGGCCGCAGCGUCAGCUCCGAAACAGCGUGGUGUCAACAAAAAUACGAAAACUAAAAGUCAUGCGGAUCCGCCAGCGUAUCCUGCCCGAGAGACAUCAGAUACAAAGCCAGAACUCGACCAAAAUGGCACAACUACGAGCGCGGCUUCACAUUGGCGUCAACCCCCGAAACCAUCUAGUUCCGGCCAAAGCAAUCGAGCAAAGGAGGCUCGGGUAGGUCCCAAGCAGACUGUCAUUCGUCGCGUGCAAGCCGUGAUCAAUGUGAAGCAGGAGGAUUCAGAGGAAGAGGAAUCUGUUGAACCAAAGGAAGAGGACGAGAUUAUCACCGCUUUUAAACGGCCACGGAGUUUGCGACGGAGGAAUUGCGUUGUUGAGGACGAGGAGUAUGAACCACAAGAAGAGGAGACUGGCGAGACGAGGCAGUUGAGAGAGCGUCGGAAUGCCAUUGACUAUCACGAGGAGGACGAGGAUGACGAAGAAGAGGAUGAACUCAUGAUGAGCCCGCCAGUAGAAGCGACGCAAACUCAUCGUACGAAGCACCCAACCCCCGCUCCACCCAAGAAAAAACGCAAGAUAACGACAAAAACCUGA